AUGAAUGGCUUCGAGAUCGCAUUCGAGCGCAACUACAACCUCACCGACGACUCUCGACAAUCGACGCAGUUCUCAUAUGCAGUUGUUGACGUCUUGUCUACUGCGAUACAAACGCCCCUGGAUCAUCUUGAGCAGCUUCUAAUGAGCGUUCCCACACCUGGUCCAAGUUUGAUGUCGGCUGCUUCUCAGCAUCAGCAACCACGGUUCUUUACACUCAACUCGAUGAUGGCUGUGUGA